AUGGGUUUUUUCGAUCCGUUAGGAUUAUGGAGCGUAUUCCUCGUUCAUGGAAAAAUUCUUCUACAAGAUGUUUGGCGGAGUGGUACCCAAUGGGACGAGAAGAUCAAUGAUGCAGCAUUCGAACGUUGGAGGAAGUGGACAAACCUGUUCCAGAAUAUCCGUGAGAUUCGAAUCCCUCGUUGCUACUUCGAGAAUGCGACUAACCAACAUUAUAAAAAUCUACAGCUGCAUAUUUUCGUUGACGCUAGUGAAGCAGCAUAUUCAGCAGCAGCUUAUUUCCGGAUUACGAAACCGGAUGGGCUUGUGGAUUGCAGUCUGGUAGUGGCGAAGACAAAAGUGGCCCCACUGAAACCUUUAUCAAUACCACGAUUGGAGCUGCAAGCUGCAGUACUGGGAGUUCGAUUGAUGCAGUUCGUCGAAGAAAGCCACACCGUGAAGGUCCAGCAACGUUUUCUCUGGAGUGAUUCAGCCACUGUCUUGGCUUGGCUGCGUUCAGACCAUCGGAGAUAUAAGCAGUUCGUAGCAUGUCGUGUCGGAGAAUUACUAACCGCAUCGGACGUCCGUGAAUGGCAUUGGGUGCCAUCGAAACAUAACCCUGCAGAUCUGGCCACUAAGUUGGGUAAAGGUUCCUGUGAAGAUGUAUCUCGUGUUUGGUUCAAUGGACCAGGAUUUUUGAAAGAUCCGGAGUCGGAGUGGCCUCGCCAGAGGACCAUAACAGUAUCUACCGAAGAAGAGCUGCGCCCAUGCCACGCACAUUGCAAGAUGUUCAUACCCAAAAUGGUGUUUGAUCUCGAACGUUUUUCUCGUCUGUCCAGGCUGAUAAGGUCUGCCGCAUACGUCCAUCGAUGGAUCGCUAACCGAAGGCGCAGAACUAAGGGAGAAGCGGUGUUCGUAGGACAUUUGAUAUCGGAAGAGCUGCUAGAGGGACAACGAAUGCUGAUCCGUUUGGCACAGUGGCAGGUCUUCACAAAUGAAAUGGUGCUGUUGACACGUAACCAUCAGAGCCCAGCAGCACAACAAAUACAACUUGAAAAAUCGAGUGAAUUGUACAAGUUAACUCCCAUGCUGGAUGAAUUCGGGAUCCUGAGAAUGGACGGGCGUAUCACAGCAGCUCCGAACGUGAAUGAAAGUGUAAAGUUUCCUAUUAUUCUUCCUAGGAAAUACAGACUUACUUACCUGCUGUUGGACGAUUACCAUCGAAGAUUUCGCCAUUGUAAUAUGGAAACAGUGGUAAAUGAGGUGCGCCAGCAUUUCCACAUUCCACAGCUAAGAGUGGCCGUGAAGCAGGUAGCGAAAUCUUGUCAGUGGUGCAGAACAUAUAAGACGGAGCCGUGUAUUCCUCGGAUGGCUCCAUUACCUGCGGCGCGAGUGACAUCGUUUCAGAGACCGUUUACGAACACGGGCCUGGAUCUCUUUGGACCACUACUGGUUAAGAUUGGCAGGAGCAAUACGAAGCGGUGGAUUGCAGUUUUCACCUGCCUCACAAUCCGUGCUGUCCACGUCGAGGUGGUGCAUAGCCUAAGCACCAGAUCAUGUGUCGAGGCUAUUCGGAGGUUCGUUGUCCGCCGUGGAUCACCAGCAACGAUAUACUCGGAUAACGGGACCAAUUUUCGAGGAGCGAGCCGACUGCUGCAGGAACAGAUCGAACAGCUAGCAACCACCUUCACUAGCAGUUCAACGAAAUGGAUUUUCAUUCCCCCCGGCACUCCUCACAUGGGGGGUGCAUGGGAGCGCAUGGUGCGCUCAAUCAAAACGGCCAUGGAUGAUGCUUACAGCAUCCAUGGAAAGCUGAAUGACGAGACAUUAGUUACAUUGGUAGUAGAAGCGGAAGGAAUCGUAAACAGCCGUCCACUAACAUAUUUGCCGAUUUCGUCUGAGGAGAGCGAAGCAUUGACUCCGAACCAUUUUUUACUGGGAAGUUCAAGUGGAGUUCGCCAGCAAGCAGAAGCGGAUGACUCUGUAGCAGUCUUGCAAGCGUCCUUUCAUCAAAUUCAACAACACCUGGAUACGUUCUGGAGAAGAUGGCUGCGAGAAUAUCUGCCGACCCUGAACAAACGUACGAAAUGGUUUGGGGACGUAAAACCGGUAGCAGCAGGUGACUUGGUAGUGAUCGUCGAUGAGUCGACCAGAAACAGAUGGGAGCGAGGUCGGAUUCUUGAGGUCAUUAGAGGAAGCGAUGGGAGGAUUCGUCAGGCUAUAGUUCAAACUGCGAGGGGGUUGAUUCGUAGAUCUGUGGGUAAAUUGGCAGUCUUGGAGGUAGAUGGUGAAGGUAAAACUGAAUCAGAUGACCAGUGUUACGCGGGGGAGGAUGUUGGUACUGGCAACACGGCUUCAGACGCUACAGUCGGGGCACAUCGAUUCGAUAUAAGACGUCAGAGUUACAAGGUCGAGAGGGAGAAGGAAAAUCGCAAAGAGAUGGAAGAUUGA